CUUUUUUCCCUCUCCAGAUUGCUGUUUGCACCUACCUAAUAUUUCCAACACAAUCUGCGUGAACCCUCCGCGGUUCUGACGCAGGACCGGCACGCUGAGGACUCCUUGGCUUUGCUUUCCGGCCGGCGACCUCAGCACGCCGCGCCAUUCGCCGAUUUGCUAAUCCCAUGUCUUCUAUGGCGGCUCCGAUGGAAAUAGACUCGAUCUCUCCCCAACCCGAGCCCGUCGCCACCAAGGACGACAGGAGUCCUAACGGCGGCGGCGACGACGACGACGACGCGGACCCCGUCGUCGCAAGCUACGACGUCUACACGAACGCGCCGCUGCCCGAGAAUCGCAAGCUGCUCGUCUUGCAGCACCCGAACCGCCAGGGCCCCGUGCGCGCCCCGUACGGCCAGCUUAACGAGGUGCGCAUCAAGAACAAGACCGGCAUGAUCGAAGUCGACGUGCCGCUCGCCCACGCCCACGCCGACUACGACCGCGACAAGGGCUUGCGCUGGGGCAGCGCCCUCUCCCGCAGCCUCGCCUCCCGGAACGGCGGCAGCCUGGGCCUGGCCGGCGGCUUCGGCGUCGGCGUCUUUCCCAUGCGAGGGGGGGCUGGCGGGGGCGCAGGCGCAGGGAGAGGUCGGACGGACGAUUGGGAUCAGGAGAUCGGCAUGUUGGAUUGGAGCGAAGCCGUGCGCCAGGACAAGGUGCUCCGCGUGCAGACCCUAGGCGGCCAGUUCCCCAUCGAGACGGAGACGAACUGCCGCUGGAUGGUGGGGGUUUUUAAAGGAGACCAGUUACACCUCACCCCGGCUACAUCCAUCAUCAACCUGCGCCCGCAGCUUCACCACCUCGACGCACACACCGAACAGGAACGCCUCAGCCGGCCGCGAGAAGGCAUUAUAGGAGCGGGGGGUGCGGCACCUGCCGGAAAGGAUAGCGGCGGCGCCGGUGGCAGUACCGGUACCGCCCGCGCCAUCCACAUGUCGAUCAAGAGCGCGAAUACGGACAGCGGAGAAUUGACAGUCGAUACCAUGAGCUCGCGUUUACGUCAGGUCCAACUGGAGCCGUGGAUGAAGCUCAAAUACGAGGACGACGAGAGCUCCAAAUCCUGGAACAUGUUCACCAACAACCUCCUAUACGCCCAUGCUAGGGGCGUGAGGGGCUCUGGGCUUGACAAAGGUAAGGGUAAGGAGAAAGCUGGCACCGGCGCCGCGGCGGAUGACGACGAUGGCCAGCAGGCAUUCCAGGCAUACAAGGCGCAGUGGACCGAGACCGAGUUCCUGCAUGCCGUCAGUGGUUCGAGAGAUGACCAGCAGUCGCUGCAAGACAGUAGAGACAAGGGCCUCAAGGCAAAGGCCGACGAGGUUGAGCCGCCGCAAUCGGAGCCUGGGCGGGGGAUCGGUGCAGUAAGAGCAAAGGCAGCUAGGGCUAGUACUAAUGCUACCGCCUCUCCGUCUAGAAAGCACACGAGAGGCAAAUCUGUCGCAUUCAAGGAGUAGAUGGUUGGGAGCUGUCGUUCCCUCGACAAGGAUAUAGGAUUCCUUACGAGUCGGCGUCAUAGAAGAAUUCGCCGGUUCUAUAAAGAUACCACACGGGUGAUAUCAUCCCGCACGCUACGUAACAUGGAUUUACAAGCUACCCUACCCCUCUGGCAUUUUCGGGUGUCCUUUCCAGCAGUGUUA